AUGUCCCCUGUACAAAUCAAGGUACCCCCUCCGCCCGCCCCCUCCCCGUUGGGCGUGUUGAAAAUCGAGGGCUCAAAAAUUGUUGGCAAUGAUGGGAAGCCCGUUCUCCUGCGUGGUGCUGGGCUCGGUGGGCAUCUUAACAUGGAAAAUUAUUACUGGUUAUCCUGGCCACGAAAACGACAUGAGGAAAGCAAUCAAGAGGAUGCCGAAUUCUUUGCUUCUCUCGGCCUCAAUUGCAUUCGGAUCCCAUUCAAUUAUCGUCAUUUUGAAGACGACCUCAACCCCGGGGUGUACAAUGAACGUGGAUUUCAAUGGCUGGAUCGUAUAAUAAAUAUCUGCGCCCAUCACGGCAUUUAUACUAUCCUCGAUCUUCAUGCCGCCCCCGGAGGUCAAAAUGUCGACUGGCACUGCGAUACGGGCAUCCACCGGGCCUUGUUUUGGGAACACAUUGAAUUCCAAAAUAGAGCAAUUGCUCUCUGGGAAGAAUUGGCCAGGCGCUAUAAAGGGAACACUUGGGUCGCUGGCUAUAACCCGUUGAACGAACCAACUGAUGAAGAACAUACUCGCGUACUAGACUGGUACGCACGUGCUGAGAAAGCCAUCCAUGCCAUUGACCCGGACCAUAUUCUGUUUUGGGAUGGAAAUACUUUUGCUGCCGACUUCUCCCAUUUUGGAGACCCACUUCCGGGCUCUGUAUAUUCGAUUCAUGACUACUCGAAUUACGGGUUUCCGCAGGUCAGCGAACCAUACGAGGGAACUCCCGAGCAAAAGGAGAAGCUCGAAAGCUCGUUUAAGCGCAAGAUUGCAUACCACGAAAAGACAGGUGGCCACAUCUGGAAUGGUGAAUUUGGUCCAGUAUAUGCGUCUCCGGCCGAUGGAUCCGACUGGGAAAAAAUCAACGAACGAAGGUAUCAUGUUCUUAAGGACCAAUUAGCAAUUUACGACCAGUAUCAGAUAUCGUGGUCAAUUUGGCUCUACAAGGACAUCGGUUUCCAAGGCAUGGUCUACACGUCCCCAGAGAGCCCAUAUAUAAAAUUAUUUGAGGCAUUCCUCGCAAAGAAAAAACGUCUUGCAGCCGACUCGUGGGGUGCCGACACUACAACAGUUCAAUCUGCAUUCGAUCCGAUUGAAAAGUUGAUCACCGAAGAAGUCACACAUAUACAAAAGAGGUAUCCACCUACGUGGAAAGUAAAGAAACAUGUUGGCCGCCUUGUCCGUAAUAUCCUGAUCUCGGAGGAACUGACGCCCGAGUAUGCAUCUCACUUUGAAGGUCUCUCGCUACAGGAGCUCGAUGACCUAGCGGCGAGCUUCAAGUUUGAAAACUGCGCUCAACGUUCGGGAUUGAACAAAGUACUUCUGGAUCAUUCACAUCUAUGA